AUAGAAUUGAAUAUAAAAGGACAAUAAUUACAACGCAAGAACAAUUUGAAAAUAUUAACGAAAAUGUUAAAUAUUUUUCAGGACAGUAUGAAAGAGGAGAAUCUGGACGAUUUUAUGAACAGUAUAUUUAUUGUGAUAAAUGUGAUGAUUUUUGUCAAGAAUUUCAUGAAUUAUUAAUUGUUCACGAUAUUUUAGGAAAUGAAUUAACUUCAGAGCAAAAAGCUGUAAGUAUUAUACUUAAUCAAACAACAAAUUAUGAAUUUAUUAAUAUUUUUAAACGAGAUCCAAAAAUAGCAAAACAUAUUAUGCAAUUACAUAAACUUCAUCAAAUAAGAAAAGAGGAAGAGGAGAAGGAAGAAAUCGAAAAAGAAUUGUGUUAUAAAUCAUUUUAUGAAUUAGAUGAUUUUUGGGAAGAAUUUAAUUUACGAACGGCUUAUUCGAAAACCAUUAAAAAUAAAGGUUCAAAAUCUUGUGUAGUUUUGUUAAAUGAAUCAGGAAACCUAUAUCUAAUUGAAGAUGAAAUUUUUCAAAAAGAAUUACGUCAAAAUUGUUUGAUAAUUAAUAUUGGAAAUUUCGAUUUAUGA